AUGUUUAAGUGUAUAAUUUCAGCUUUUAAAGAGAUGAGAAUGAGGUCCUAAAUAUUUCUUUUUGAAAUAAUAAUUCUCUUAUUUGUUUUGGUUUUAGCAGGAGCAGCUACAUAUGUGGAAUUAAGAAUAUUUUAUUACAUUUCAACUCAUUCCUCUGAAACUAUGAUUUCUAAAUUGGAUAUCAAAUAAAUUAAUUAGGCAACAACAUUAGUUUCACAUUAUAUCAAAUAAAAACAUUAAAGAAGUAACAUAUAAUACAAAUAUAAAUAUAGGAAUUAAUCUUAUUGAACAUCUUUCCUCUUUUUUGAUCACAUAUUAAAUAUAAUCACCUAAAUUUACAAAAGUUAAGUAAAUGGAAUCUUGUAUAAAUUCAGAACUGUUAAUAAUUCCUCAAUAUUUUUAUCAAACACCUAAAUUUUGUUAUUAACUUCAUGGAGUUCAUGAUUUGAUAACAUUGCCAUAAAAUAAUUAAAACAUUUCUUUACUAUAUGAUAGUUUAGGUCUAAUGAAUGAGUAUGAUCUCUUAUUUAGUAUUGAAUCCUCUUACUUUAUUUAAGUAGUUGACAAUUCAGAUUACAAAUUUGAUAUUGUUUAUCCUAUUGGAAUGUUGAUUAAUGGAUAUGAUCCUAAAACAAGACCAUGGUAUUCAUAUAAAUUUUAUAACUAAGGUAUGUUAAUCAUAUUAAACAAAUGGAAGUACAUUCAAAUGAAUUGUAUUUUUAUUCUGAAGUUUAUAAAGUGUUCAUUGAAUAAUUUGACUAUCAGUUUUCAAUAACACAUUCAUUAUUUAAUUCUAAAAAGUAGUUCAUUGGAAUUGCCAAAACAAUGUUAACUACUAAUGAUCCUAGUUUUGAAUAUGUUUUAUACAAUAUUAUACUGAUUAAUUAUGCUGGAUAAGUUUUAUAUAAUGGUAUGGAAAUGUGGUAAAAUUUAACAGACAUUUUUUAUGUUUUUAAUGAAACUAUAACUGGAUUUAAUCAAACAGAUUGGUAUAAAAUAGAAUAACAUGCAAUCAAUAGAUUAAGUAGAGAUAAUUCUAAUUAAAUAUUAAUUUUGUAUAAUAAAUAUCAUAAAAAAUUUGUACAUGUUUAAUGUGAAAAAUUCUAAAAAGAAAAUUUUACACUUAUAAUGUAUAUUAUUAAUUAAUAUAUAUAUUAGAUUUACAAAUGUUAGUUCAAUUAAUAUAAUGGAAAAAUAAUUUUAAGAAAUUGAAUAAUCAUUUAUUUUUUGGUAUUUCUUAGCUGCUUCAAUUAUAAUUUCAAUUUGUUCAUUAACAAUUACAAUUAGUUUAAUUGUUAUAAAUUCUAUAUGUUAACCCUUAAUUAAGUUGACUAAUUAAGUAUCCUUACAUGUUUUGUAAUUAGGAAAUAAUAUUAAUCAACAAAUAUUUAAAAUGUUUAACAAAUAAAUAUAUUCAUUGAAUUUACUGAACAAUUUAAAUAAUAAAUUCAUGAAUUUUUAAGAAUUAUUACUUUAAAGUCAAACUACAAAAUGUGAAACUUGUCGAUUACUUGAAAAAAUGAAUUUUAAUAAAAAAGAAAGUAAUAUUAAUCUUAAAUUAAUACAAAAUUAAAAUAUAUUACUACCUGAAUUUAGAUUUGUUGAAUAAAUAUAAGUAUAAGAUAUAAUCAAAAAAAGUCUAUUCUAAGGAGAAUCUAUGAUUAUAUGA